AUGUCGAUGAAGUACUUUGUUCCGGCACUUGCUGCCGUUGGCGGUGCCUACGCCCAGAGCUCUUGCAGCGUCUCCGGUACUACCACUCUCAACUCUCCCGCUGAUGCCUCGGCUCUUUCUGGCUGCCAAACUUUCUCUGGCUCCAUCGCCAUUGCCACUGGUGUCACUCAGGGCAUCAACAUCCCUGGUGUUAGAAGAAUCACGGGUGACCUUGUCGCAACUAACAACUCUUUGAUCCCUUCCAUCUCGGGUGACAGCCUCCAAGUCAUCGGCGGUGCCUUCAAGCUCGACGAGCUCCAGAUUCUUUCGACUCUGUCGUUCCCCCAGCUCAGCCAGGUUGAUGCUAUCCAAUGGAACGCCCUUGCUGGUCUCCAGCAGCUCUCCUUCACCACUGGUGUCCAGCAGGCCAGCGAGCUCAACAUCCAGAACACUCAGCUCCAGACCCUUGACGGUAUCAACCUUGCUGUUGUCGACACUGUCAUGAUCACCAACAACAACUACUUGAACGACAUCUCCAUGCAGCUUGGUAACAUCACUAACUCGCUCAACAUCGAGUCCAACGGUGGCAACGUCUCUGCCAUCUUCCCCAACCUGAUCUGGGCCAACAACAUGACCUUCCGCAACGUCUCCCAGAUCGCCCUCAACUCGCUUGUCUCCGUUAACGGAUCUCUCGGUUUCUACUCCAACGAGUUCGAGUCGCUGCAGUGCGCCAACCUUACCACUGUCGGUUCCAACAAGGGUGACUUGACCAUCGUCUCCAACCAGAACCUCAACAACGUCUCCUUCCCUCAGUUGAAGAAGGUUGGUGGUGGUUUCUCCAUCCAGAACAACACCGACCUCAUGGUCAUCGACGGUUUCCCUAAGCUUGCCACUAUUACUGGUGCUUUCGAUCUCUACGGUGACUUCACCAACGUUUCUGCUCCUGCUCUUAACGAGGUUGACGGUGCCUUCAACAUCCAGUCCUCUUCCGAGCUCGGUGGUUGCGACGCCUUCCAGAAGCUGAAGUCUGGCUCUCAGAUUCGCGGCAAGUUCUUCUGCAACGGCACUGUCGCUAAGCCUUCCGGUGUUGGCUCCAACCCCAGCGUUACCGGCUCUGGCGGUUCUUCCAAGUCCACCAACACUGGUGCUGCCAACUCCAUGUACAUCCCCACUGCCGCCGCCGGUGUCAUGGGUGUUGUCGCCGCCGUCUUCGGUCUUCUGUAA